CACUUCCACAACAAAGGUCAGGUUGAAGCUGAACAAUGGCUGUGUUUGGAGCAAUUGUUAUCCUUACGCAAACUCUAAUUGCCUCAUUUAUUGCCAUUGCUUCUGCGUCGAGCCCCCCAGUAACGUUCGUGUUCGGGGAUUCUCUCACCGAUGUUGGAAACAAUAACCAUCUUCAACUCUCGUUGGCAAAAUCGAACUAUCCUUGGUAUGGGAUUGACUAUAAGACCGGGCAGCCAACGGGCAGGUUUAGCAAUGGGAGGACUAUUGGAGAUAUCAUAUCUGCCAAGCUUGGAAUAGAAUCUCCACCACCCUAUUUAUCUUUGUCAAUGGACGACGAUGCAAUACUUCAGGGCAUCAAUUAUGCAUCAGGAGGAGCAGGAAUUCUCAACGAGACCGGGUUUUAUUUUAUUGAGAAGCUAUCUUUCGAUGAUCAAAUCACCUCUUUUGAGAAGACAAAGGAGGCAAUAAAAUCUAAGAUUGGAGAAAAGGCUGCAGAGAAUUUAUGCAACCAGGCUCUAUACUUUAUCGGACUCGGAGCCAACGACUAUGUUAACAAUUAUCUACAACCCUUUUUAGCAGAUGCUCAGGCCUACACCCACGACGAUUUUGUAGAGCUCUUGAUGACUGCUUUAAACGGCCAAUUAAGGAGGCUUUAUCGUCUCGGAGCGAGGAAAAUGGUGUUUCAUGGUUUGGGUCCAUUAGGUUGCAUCCCGUCUCAACGAGUCAAGUCUGACAGUGGUCAGUGCUUGGAAAACGUUAACCAGUAUGUGCAAGAAUUCAAUUCACAAGUGCAGAAGUUGUUGGUCUCUUUAAACUCCAAGCUUCCUGGUGCUCAGCUAUCCUUUGCAGAUUCCUACAAUAUCGUCAUGGACCUCAUCGUCAAUCCUCAUCACUAUGGGUUUAAAAUUUCGAACACAUCAUGCUGCAACGUUGACACAAGUAUCGGUGGUCUAUGCUUGCCAAACUCGAACCUCUGCAGCAAUCGAAGGGACUACGUUUUUUGGGAUGCAUUCCACCCGAGUGAUGCAGCGAAUCAAGUGAUAGCAGACCAACUGUUUUCUGAUCCUCACAUCCAGCAGGCUCCUUCUCCUGCUCGUGCUCCGGCGCCCUCUCACAUUUGAUUUUUCUUAGUCUUGAACAGAUAUGUUGCACUCAUUGCAUUGAUUUUCUAAGGUUCUUUUGUAUGUGAAGGGUAUGUUAUACAAUGAUUUCGCAAUACAAAACAUGCUAUGAAGUCUCAUUUAUGCAUAUGAUGGAAUAUGACAGGCUGAACUGAGUUUU